AUCAACAGCGAGACGUGGGAAGCGACCAUCGUCCAAUCACGUCGCGUCAAAGAACUCCGAGUCUGCAGCGGACGAGUCUCAUUGGUUCAUACCAUACGUCAAGUAAGAAUAGUUAGGUUGGCAGGCCUGCGCUGCGUUUGCGAAACUUGCGCCCUCUAGCGGAACGGCGUAUGCGACGUCAACAAAUUCGCCAUCUUAUUUUAUUUGGCGUGGUGGUUGCAAUAAUUUGUAAUUUGCUUUCAAUUUUCGAUUUCUAGUGCAAAGUUUAGCUGUAAAUAACUGUAAUUGUAAAUAGCUAACAUUAGAGUCGCAACAAAUACGAUACAUUGUGUAAUUUAACUGUGUAUCAUAAUGGAGGAACAACUAAAAGCUCUAAAGGCCCAGAGAGGCUAUGCAAAAGUAGUGAACCAGACUAUGAGCGCUCUCACCAACCUACAGGUGAAUGUCGAUGACAAAGACCCGUUUUUACUGGGUAUUCUGCAGCGUAAGUUAGACACAUACAGCUGGAGGUCAUAUCAGCUGGAGAGAAACCUGGAGAAUGACCCAACAGUUCAAGAUUUCCUCUCCUAUCUGGAGAGGCGAGCUCUUGCUUUGGAGAACACCGAUCACAGCGAGACAGCCACAUCUGGGAAACGGCAGCCGGCAAGCAUAGCAAAGAGUAAGGUGACUCUGGCAACAACAACCAAUUCUACAAUGGAGUGCUUAUACUGUGUUGCUGCAGCUUGAGGAGGCCCAACGCUCACCUUCAACCAACCAUCAGCUACCAUCUUCAUCUCCAAGCAUCAUCAACACUAAGUUUGGCCAUGUCAUCGCCGGAGCAUUAACAGAUACCAUUAUAAAGGAUCAGGUUGUAUCUCUUUUUUGUGCUAAAUGUGAAUCAGAUGUAAGUGACAAUAUAAAAAAGCUUUGGGAAGUGGAGAGUGUUCCGGAGUUACUAAAAGAGCGGGAUUCAGAGCAAGAGUUGGCAGAAAAAUUAUUUGUAAGCUCAGUAAAGCUUGAAAAUAACAAGUUUACUGUUGACUUACCUUUGAAAAUAGAAACCGGCAACAUUAAUGAAACUCUAGGCAACUCAUUUGACCUAGCAUUACACAGGUUUCUCAGUCUAGAAAAAAGACUGCAAAAGAACAUCAAUUUGCUUACAAAUUAUCAAAAGUUUAUUGAUGACUAUGUAGCCCUGGGGCAUGGGCACUAUGUAGAUAUUAACUCAUACAAUUUCAAUGAGGAUCCAAUUUAUUUUGUGCCGCAUCAUUCGGUAAUAAACGAAAAUAGUAAAAGUACGCCCAUGAGGGUUGUAUUUGAUUGUAGUAUGAAAACAAAUAAAAAAAUAUCUUUAAAUGAUAUUUUACUCAAUGGACCUACAGUGCAAAAAGAAUUGUUUGACAUUGUGCUAUUGUAUAGAUAUGGGGAAUACACUUUGAGCUCUGACAUUAAAAAAAUGUUCCGCAAUAUACUGGUAAACCCGGAGCACACUUCACUUCAGAACAUUCUGUGGCGCGAUAACUCUAGUCAGGCUAUACGGUGUAUUCGUCUUGAUACCGUCAGUUAUGGUAUGAAAUCUUCAAGCUAUUUAGCGACGCGCUGUUUAUUUGAGCUUG